AGGUAGCAAGAUGGCCGCCGCUGAGGAAGGCUGUGGUGUUGGGGCCGACGCGGACCGGGAAUUGGAGGAGCUUCUGGAAAGUGCUCUUGAUGAUUUCGAUAAAGCCAAACCUCCAGUGCUCCCACCUACUACCACAACCCCUGAUGCUUCAGGGCCCCAGAAGAAGUCUCCAGGCGACACUGCCAAAGAUGCCCUCUUCGCCUCCCAAGAGAAGUUUUUCCAGGAAUUAUUCGACAGUGAGCUGGCUUCCCAAGCCACAGCAGAGUUCGAGAAGGCAAUGAAGGAGUUGGCUGAGGAAGAGCCCCACCUGGUGGAGCAGUUCCAAAAGCUCUCAGAGGCUGCGGGGAGAGUGGGCAGCGAUGCAACCUCUCAACAAGAAUUCACUUCUUGCCUAAAGGAGACACUGAGUGGGCUAGCCAAAAAUGCGACUGAUCUUCAGAACUCGGGCAUGUCGGAAGAAGAGCUGACCAAGGCCAUGGAAGGUCUGGGCAUGGAUGAAGGGGAUGGGGAAGGGAACAUCCUCCCCAUCAUGCAGAGUAUCAUGCAAAACCUGCUGUCCAAGGAUGUGCUAUACCCAUCACUGAAGGAGAUCACAGAAAAGUAUCCAGAAUGGUUGCAGAGUCACCGGGAAUCUCUACCUCCAGAGCAGUUUGAAAAAUAUCAGGAGCAGCACAGUGUCAUGGGCAAAAUUUGUGAGCAGUUUGAGGCAGAGACCCCCACAGAUAGUGAGGCCACUCAAAAAGCUCGUUUUGAGAUGGUGCUGGAUUUUAUGCAGCAGCUACAGGAUUUGGGCCAUCCUCCAAAAGAGCUGGCUGGGGAAAUGCCUCCUGGCCUCAACUUUGACCUGGAUGCCCUCAAUCUGUCAGGCCCACCAGGUGCCAAUGGCGAACAGUGUCUGAUCAUGUGAAACACAACAUGUCUUCCUCCCUGAGUCCCAGCCAUGGGGAACAUCUGGAGUCAGCAGAGCCACUGGGAACUGAGGCAGGAGUAUCAACUGCGGGAGCAGUCUGCCCACUGCCCUCUGUCAUCCCAUUGAAGACUGUGCCAUAGCAGUUGAGGCUUUUCCUCUAUCUUUCUAGGAAAAGGGUUUUUCUGCAGGCCGUUUCUGUGAGCUCUAUUACAUUGUGGUUUCUGCUAGCAAAGGCCCAGCUACCUGCCAGGUGAAGGAAGGCAUCCCUUUUGGGGCAUACAUCUCCCUUCUCCCAAAAUAAUGUUAUAUAUGGCCACACUGAUGUUUACCUUUACACCCAGGCUCUUUGUGCCUUGUCCCUACUCCCUCUCUUGGGUCUGGGGAACAGGGGCAGAGUCCUGGGGCUCUGCAUUUCUAUAGUUUUCUCAGGCAGGGCCUUUGGGAAUGGGGAGAAACUUAGCCUGGGCUGGGGUUGUAGGUCUGUCUCCAUGUCCUCUCACCUUCAGACAGGCUAUUCUGAAUUCUCUAAAGGAAAAGGACUUCUGCAUCUCAUCACAGUAGGAUUGGAAGAGAAGCCCUGGGAUUCUCCUCUCUCCAGGUGCUGAGCCCUCAACUCCCUGUUCUAGCCUGAAAACUCAAGUUGGUAUCCUGGUUCUUUCUACAAUGCUGUGUGAUCUGGAUGAACCCAGCACCUGAACUUCCUUUGCCCCCUGCUUGUUCUUGUACCGUCUCUCUUUUUAAAUACCUGUUUGUUCCAACCCUUCUGAGCCCAAGCUGUGAAAAGAGGGGUCCAUCCUGUUUCCCCUCAUCUAGUCCAUCUACCACUUUCACUGGCUCUCUCUGCCUGGCAAACACAUAAUUGUAGUAUCAGGUCUGGGAAAUGAAUACUAUUCUGGCUUAUUUGAGAAAUCUAAUUCCCUUAGAAUCUUGUCCCUUGGUUCAGGGAGGUAGCUUGGGAAAAGGAGAGGGGUACAGCUUGGGUCCCUAUUCCUGCAGGCCCCAUGGGGCAAUGUCUAAUAAAUAUUCUGAGGAGGAGUGUGGCCUGUUUUUCAUCCAGGUCCUUUUCUGACCAUCCUCAGCUUCUGUAAACUACAGAGGAGUAAUGUUAGGAGACUAGCUCUACAUAAUAUUGUAAUGCUGGGCUCCACCCCCACCCUCUCCCAGCUAGUCUGUGCCUCAGUUGGCAAAGGAGACUUGAUGGCCAUCUUCCCUCAUUUCCUCCUGAGUUUUUCAGUCUGGAAGCCCUUCAAUUGGUAUUAUAUUUUGAUAUUUUACAUUAUUAUUAUCAUUAGUGUUAGUAAUAUAUUGUUAACAUGUUUUCUAAAUUAUUUCUCUGAGCCGACCUUACCUGCCCAGUGGCAUUAUGGACCUUGGCUGCCAUAUGUUGGUAGAUAAUCUGGUCAGCCCAAAUGGUGGCUGUCCUUUUUGACUCAGAAAAUAACUCCUGCCAGAGCAAAUUCACAUUCAUCAUCUGAAUCACUUUGAGCUCCUGAUAUGUCACUUUCCCCUGGGUUAAGAGUUUUCACCCCUUGAGGAUCCCACGUGUUCUGUGGCAUUGGCAAAGAAGGAAAUGUUCUUGAGGCCUCUGGCUAUUUUGGAAAGGUUCAGCUAUCAUACCUUAUUAGAGCAUGGCAAAUCCUAGGUCUGAAUAUGAGACUCCUCUAUUCUGCGAGAGAUUGGAAAAGUACAGGCACACUUGUGAUGAUGCUCAUGAGGCUCAAAUGCCAAAAUUCCUCCUUACUCCAGCCAAAAACUGGACAAGAAUAGAGAGGAAGAGGGAAGAACAAAAGGGUCUUACCCCUUGAACCUUGUGCCUACUGUCCUGCCGGUUUUCUUUUACAGAUUCUUACUUCUGCUGGCCUGGCCACGGCUUAUUCCAGGAAUCCAAAUAGAUGCCCUAGUCCACUUUAGCUUUGUUUCCAAGGCACUCAUUUUCAAUUUUAUUUUGAUUGAACAUGAACAAAUCGACCUCUGGUUACUCUGUUCUAAAAACACUAUUUGAAUUAUUCUAGGAAUUGUGGAGGGAUAGAGCUUAGAACUCUAGGGAAGUCCUUCUUAAACUGUGUGUGGUAAAGGACAAGGUUUUUUGUUUUUUAAACAUCUUAUCCUUUAUAUAUCAAUAUGUGUUCCUAUUGCCCAUUGACAAAUGCAGUUAACACUCUAUGCUACUCACCAUGCAAGUUUGACAGCACCCAAACUGGCCAGACCCUGUUCAACAGGCUAAGUCCACUGAUCAUGUACUUGGAUAUCAUAACAAAGUCAAAAUGCUGAAAAGUUUCUAAACACUUUUAAUUUCUAAUUCAUCAUGUCACAGACUAGCACAAGUCUGCAAACCACCUUUGAGUAGCACUGUUCUGUGGCCCUUCUUAGUCUCUCCAUAGAUCCUAGCCGAACAGAUAAAAUUUCUGUAUCUGUAGUUCUUUCCUAUAUGGACCAGGAAAUGUGCAUAGGCUGCUAAUAGCUCAUAGCUUCAUCUUUCUCUUGAGAAUUACCCUGUGCCAACAGAAGCCACUUCAGGACAUUCCUGGGAGGUAUGCUCUCCCAGGGACAGCCCCACAGCCAAUGAUGCGGUGUCAAUUCUACAAAGCACUCAGCUGGGAUUCUAAUACGGUUUGAAUUAUCAGUGAUGUUAUGCAAUCAGUAAUUGAAUUAUCAGCAGAUGAUGCUAGGGUACAAAAUUCCUCCCCCCUUUCUCAAGGUGGGACAAAUGUGCCAUUUAUGUUCCACAGUUCCUGGAGGCUAAACGUAUCCACCUGAACCCAAAACUUUCCCCCCUUUCCUAUCUUGCAUCCUACACUCCAUUGUAGGUUUUACUUGAGAGUACUCCCUCAAUAAACCACUUGGACAGAA